UCACACAUUACAUACGAUCAAACUCGGUUUCUUACGGUACCAUGUCGCGGUUUGGAGAAAACAAUGGCAAGGGCAUGGGCAUUAAGCCCAUGGUACGAACAAUUCGAAUUCCGGCGUUCGACAACUCGGAUUUAAUCAGAAGGUUAAAGAGGACGACGCUUAUCGGAAGGAUAAUGAAUCCUGACGUUCAGAGUGUUGGAUCACUAGUUUUGAUGAUGCCUAGAGUCUGGAAACUAGAGGGCCGAGUGGUUGGGAAGGACUUGGGAUUGGUAACGUUCAGGUUUGAUUUCGAGAGAGAGGAAGAUAUUCUGGAGGUGAUGAAAACGGAGCCUUUCAAUUUUAAUCAUUGGAUGGUUUCUAUUGUAAGGUGGGAACCGGUUAUACACAAGGACUACCCAUCGGCGAUCACAUUUUGGGUCAAAAUGGUAGGUGUUCCUCAGGAUUUCUGGACUGAUCAGGAUUUCCGGAGAAUUGGGAAUGAGCUGGGAACGGUUCAAGAAGUGGAUGAAGAAAACGCGAGGGUCAAAGUGACUAUCGAUAGUACUAUGCCGUUGUGCUUCGAAAUGUCGGUUCAAUUCGAAACAGGUGGUGAGGAGGUGGUGGUGAAGAUGGAAUACGAGAAGCUUUUUGGUUACUGUGCUUCUUGUUUUAGUCUCCGUCAUGAUGAAGAAUCUUGCCCAUAAAGCGACUUGCACAAUCAUUUUUCGACACAGGAAGAGUGAUGCGAGUCAAUCGGACUACAACGGUUCACAUUUGGGAUUCAAAGCCAAGAGAUGCAUGCAGUUGUUUUCCGAUCUCAUUUUUAUAAUGUAUGUUACAAGAGAACAAAUUGAAAGUAAUGAAUUUCGUAAUAUCCA